AUGUUCGAUGUGACUGUCGGAUGCGUCAACACAAAGAUGGCGGCGUCCAUGACACCGCGAAAGAUAUACAGCUCCACAAACAUAUGCAACCUGUGUGGCUUUUCUUUUACAGUAAAAGAGAUUGACGAGAAUAGUAAAGCAACUGUAAAGAAGUUAUCUAAGUUAAAAUUUCGUCUAAGCGAAGAGAAGCGUGCAGCAAUCUGUCAAGUGACAACAAUUCCGGACAAUACAGACGGUGUCUGCACAAAAUGUUUCUCAAAAGUUAAGAAAGUUAUUAAGUACCGUAAGGAGAUUACAGUUAUAAUAUCCCAGUUUGAAGAUCAUAUGAAGCGGAAUCUGUCCAAGACACCUGGGUCUAGGAAGAAAAGACUACUAAUAUCGCCGCAGGCAACUGUACCAGAGACCAAGUUGGUUCAUUUUUGUGAAGGGAUUGUACCGACCCAUGAGAUUCACUAUCUAUCUACAUGUCAACAAAGACCCUUGUUGCCAAGGCCUGAAGAAAAAGGAAAUAAACAACAGGAAAACAUUCAUCUUGGGAGCUCUUCGAUUCUUUUAAAUCGGCAAAGCAGAAAGCCAUUAAGGCAUAGUGCUACACAACAAACAGAACUGGUGGACCGAAUUGCUACUGCCUAUAAUAAAAGAUAAAUAAAAUCUUGUUAGGGCCUUUGACAUCAGAAUUACUACAUGUAAUGUCAACUCCCUCAACCUGUCUCACUGUCGUUCGUUUAUCAGUCUUAUAUGGUUGUGAAUUAUGAAAUGCCAUAACACAAGCAAUUCGAGCCUGAAUACAAUAUAGCAUGGCAUUUGCAAAGGUAACUUGAAUCUCUCGAAACAGACUCAAUCUGACAUCUGAUUUACUUAUUUAAUCAACAAAUCAUGACUGUUCAUCGAUGGACCAUGAUUUUUUUAAAAACAUUUAACUUCGUUUUCCAGUGUUCAAAUCCACACACAAUAUAGUCAUAUGCUGACAAAUCAAACGAAAUUCAAACAUAUCUGCUGUACAGGCAUUUGUCCCGUUUGAGUCACUUUUUAUACUUCCGAACCAACUUCAAAACCGGACAGAGCGCACAUCAGUCAAUUUAUGACAAAAUAAAAUGUUUAUAAUGAUCUUCAAAUAAUGGUUGUUUGGCUCCAUGUGUUCAAAAGUCAACACGAAACAAAACAAAAACAGGAAAUAAAUG